UUAGAGCAAACAAAGCACACAACUAUACACAACCAGGCAAGGCUAGGUAAGGUUAUACGACUGUUAGAAUCACACGUUCAUUCCUCCUAACAACUGAGGCCGACGUUUGUUGGCUGCUUUAUUGGUUAUAUCUCCGCUGUUCGUGUGUUGGCAGCACUCGGAGGCGAGAUUAGGGCCGCGGAGGUUGAACAGAGUGACAAGUAGGUCACUCUGGUGUCAACUCUCGCGGAAUCAACAUUACACUCUCUGAAGUGUUUAAUACGGCUGUUACCUGUUCUAUUCUCGCCCUGCGUAGAAACGUGGGAAGAACAGGAAAGGGACAAGGAAGCGACCGAAAGGGAAGGGCAAAAGGUUGAAUCAUGCAGUUGGAUAUCUUGAAAACGCCCUCCGGCUUUUUGAAACUAUUGGAGAUCGCCUUCACCAUCAUCAUCAUCAGCGUGAUCGGGGGCGUAAAGGACUUCACCUUCAUCUAUGUAGGCGAGCAGCGCGCCAUCUUCUACGGCGGCGUGAUGGUGAUGGCGAUGGUGGUGACGCUGCUGCUGCUGGUCACGUACCUGUUGGGCCACGCCACGGAGAUGCACAAGAUGCCGUUUGAGAUGCUGAUCAACGCCGUCCUCGCUGUCUUCAUGGUGAGCGCCGGAGGUGUGAUCAUCCACACGGCCAUCAAGCUGGGCGACAUUGACCAAGAUCUCCACGUGACCAAUUUUAAGGCGGCGUCCAGCGGAGGGAAGGCCGCUGGGUCCCUUGCAAUUAUCAACGGUGUCAUCUAUGGCAUGGAUACCUUCUUCGCUAAACAGAGCAUGGAUUGAGGAGGAGGAGGAGGAGAAGGACGGGGAGGAAGAGGAGGAGGGAGUUGAUUUUUACGGAUUUACCUUUUGUCCUUUUUUUCAUGAUUUUUUUUUAUUCACUUAAGUGUUCAUAGAAUGACAUGCUGUAUGUCAUUUCAAUUUCUUUCGCUGUAUUUUUCGUUAUUUAUUUCGUGGUCUCCUUCGAUCUAUUUUAACUCUGAAAUCUGAUCUGUUUGCUUUGUAAAAUAUCAGUUCUGUUUGACAUGUAAAUAUUGAAUAAAGGUUUGUCGUGCAUGUAAAGGAGAGUGUGUAUGCUGGCGGGGAGGGAGGGAAGGGAAUGGGUGAGGAAUGAAGCUCAGGAGGGCUGUACCCGAGACAACACGGGCUGUGGGCGGCGAGGCAGCCAGGCGCGGGACCAAGUCAACCACGCGGCGAGGCUAAGGAAAGCAACGAGCAGGUGAGCAGCUAACACGACGAGAUGGUGACAGGCAAGUAAAUGGAAGCAGAUAAGUGGAGUAAGUGGUCUGAUCGGGGCGCUCUUCUCUCAAGUCUCCUCCUCCUCGCCUCGCCUGGCCGCGCCGCGCCGCGCCGCGCCCCGCGCUGGGACGCAACACUUGGCGGCACACGCGGCGCCUCACUGGUCGCCGGGGGUGGA